AUGGAUUUGGACUUUCGGAAAGAUCAAAAAGGUCAUUUCGAAUUAAAAGAUCGUGAUAGAUAGCAGCAAUGGGAGAAUCAGAAGCGAAUGUUGGAAGCGAAGCAACCAAUCGAUGUUCAGAUGCUACAGGGCGAAAAACGGGAACUAACCAUGCAGUUGGAUCGGGAACAGGCCGAGAAACAAGAGCUUUUUGUGCAGAUCAAUAGUUUAAUAGCACAGUUAGCAGAUGCAAAUCGAGAUACUUUAAACCAUCAGGAAUGUAAUGUGUUGAAGGAUGAGAAUGAAAAGUUAAAGAAACAAAUUGGUGAUAUCCUAGAUAUCCAAUCGCAACUGAAUACAGACGUGCACAACUUGCAAGAAGAAGUGCGAUGUAAGAAUCAAGAAGUAGAAAAUGCUCAGGAUGAAUCAAAAAGGCUUCGUUUGAUUAUGAACAACGAGAAGGUUAAACUGGAGAGUAAUAUUGAGGAGUUGCAGCGCGAUUUACAGAUGAAAUCAGCUGCAUUGCAAAGCUUAAUACUUGCCAAACAGGAUGUCAAGACGAAUGAAGCAGAUUCAGCAAUGAUAACUCAAUUAACAGUGGAAAAUGAGGAAAUGCGGGGUCAGAUUGAUGAGAUCAGAAAUGAAGUUAAGAAACGCGAUUCCGAAAUUGAGGAGAUGAAAUUAGAGAAUGAAAAAAAACUUGGAGCUCUUCAAAGCGAGUUGGAAUCAGUGCGAGAAACUCUAAAAAAGAAAGAAACAGAAUUGUCCAAACAAAGUGAUGAAAUUGAGAAGUUGCAAGGCGAAUUGAAUUCCGCAUUAGAAAAUAUGCAGAAGAAGGAAGCUGAAUUAUCAAUCAUGCGAAACAAUGAAGUAAAUGAAAUCUCACAACUGCAAGAGACUUUGGAGAAAUAUAAAUUGGAUGCAGAAAAAAUAAGUGAACGGCUGGAGGAAAGCCAAAAAAAUUUGGCAGAAUGUGAGAAAAAAUAUGAUAUUUUGAAAAAUGAUUCCGAAGCAAAACUUACACGGGAAAGCGAUACUUUAACGGAUGCUAGAAAGAAAUUUGAAGAAGAAAUGAGAUUACAGGAAGCGAAAUUUAAUAAUUUGAAACAGAGUUUAAAAUUGGAGGAAAUGCGAACACAAGAAGCAGAACAGGGAGCAAAAAGUUACCAGUUACAAAUUACUGAUCUCGAAGAGGAAUUAAAAGUCUUGAGGAUACAAACUGAGAAACAGCGUAAUGUUAAUGAACAGAUGCACUUGCUGCGCGAAGAAUUGAAACAGGCGAAAUAUAAAAUAGCUGCUCAGGCUGCGGAUCUGGAAAAAGCUGAAACAGAUGCUGAUGUGGAUUGGUAUGAUUUAGCUUCAUUGAAGCUGAGUUCGAUUGAGGAAGCGGAACGUUCCAGUCGGGAAACUAUUGAAGAGCUGGAAGAAGAAAUUCGUUCUCUUCAAGAGAGGUUGAAAAUUCUAGAAAUAGAUGAAGAGAAACAAAGCAAGCAUUUGUUAAUGGUUGAGGAGGAAAUGAGGAAGAAUCGAGAAACUAGCGAGAAAUACGAAAAGAAAUGUGAAAUGCUGACGAAGGAACUUGAGGAAGUUCGCUCUGCGUUUGCUGACGCUAAUAGAAUCCUAGAAACAUUCAAAGCUGAAAAUGAGAAGUUGCUGACGAAAGCAAGCUUGGAAGAUGAAGUACUCACCUUAGCUACCUCAUUGCAGUCAGCUCGCGAUGAGAUUAGUAUAAAGCAUGAUGAAAUCGCAAAACUUCGGAAGGAAUUGCGUGAAGUACAUGAAGAAAAUCAACGUCUGUUGAUGGAUAUUGAUAUACAAACUCAGGCAUUGCAGCAGGAUGCCCAACUGGCUAGGUCUGAACGGGAUGAAAUGAAAAAAGAAAUGGAAAAAUGUAAGCAGCAGAAAGAUAGCCUCGUUUUGGUUGAACUUAAGAAUGAAAUCUCAAAGCUUGAAGAACAAGCGAUUGAAAAGGAAAAAAUGUUCUCAUCGCUACGAAGUGAUUUGGAAUCGAAACAUCAAAAAAUGUUGAUUGAAGCAAAGCAACAUUAUGAGCAACAGAUUAGUAAAUUAAAUGAAGAAAUGGAAGAACUAAAAACUUCUGAAAGUGAAAAAAUUGAAGAACUCAAUGCUCUAAUGACGAAUCUGAGGAAAGAGUUAGCUGUCAAGGGCGGCAGUGUUGUAUCUUUCAGAAUUGAUCAACCUCAAAGCAGAGAGGCACAAAAUCUGGAUUUGAGUCCAAGAUCUGAUUUCGAAGAGAAAUUGGCUACUUUAAAAGAAUGCAUAGCUGAUGUACUUGAGGAAAAAUUCGUACAUGGUGAUUGUCAGCCAGUAAUGGUCAGCAGAGCUACUCAAACAAGAGUGGAAAUGGAAGAGGGAAGACACAUAAUUUCCGUGAAUAACGAUGAUGAAGAAUCUCUGAAACAUAGGGAUAGAAAUGGGCUGUUAUUAAAACGGGAAAUUGAAAAUUUCGAGUGUAAUCAUGCAAAUACCAACGAACAACUUUGGAAAUCCAAAUCUAGUAGUGAAGUUUGGAGUCUAAGAGCCGAGUUAGCUUUUCUGAAAAAACAAAUAAAAGAUGAGGAAAUGGACAGAAAGUGCCUUCAGAAACACAUUCAGGUACUUCAGGCCACUAUUCAGGAAAAUAAAGAAAUUUUAGAUUUGAUUAAAGAAACGGAAAAGGAUAUGAAAAGUGAUAAACUUGAAGCUCAAAAACGUUUGGAUCCAUUUGAGGAACAGAUUAAAAAGCUAAAAACGGAAUUAGCAAGUGUUCAAGAAUGUCGGGAGCAAUAUAAGCGAGAAGUUGAAGAGAGAGAUUUAGAUAUUGCUAGUUUGAAAAAAGAUAUUGAAAAUUUAACUAGCGAUAUAAGAUCUUGCAAAACACGUCUUCAAGAAAGCAGUCGUCUGGAAGAACGAAACAGAGUGAUCGAGUUUGAAAAUAAAGGCCUUCUCGAUGAAUGUUUAUCAUUGAAGACGAAUUUAACGAAAUUAAAAGAGCAACUUGUCGAAAUGGAAAAUGAAAACAUGAAAAAACAUGCUGAAGUGAAUGAUCUUAAUCAACAACUGGAUAAAACUCGUCAGGCCUAUGAACUCUCAGGAGCAGAAAUGGAUCGAUUACGCGAGCAGUCUGAAAAUUUGUCAAAGGAGGUGAACCAUUUGAGAAAUUUCCUAAAUAUUGCUAAUACUGAGAAAGAACAGCUGAAAAUGGAAGCACUCGAACAACUAAAGGAAAUGGAACGGCUUUCAUGUGAACGGAUGGAGCUAGAAGUAACUCGACAACAGCUAGAUGAAGCGAUAGCGGAAGGUGAGCGUCAAGCUCAGGAAUUAGCAAAAUUAAAAGUUCAAACUAAGGGUGAUGAAGACUUGGAAAAAGAUCGGCAACAUGAGCUCUAUGAUUUGCGCCAACAAAUUCAGACCAUCGAGGAAAAAUGGAAACUGGAAUCCAAGGAAAGAGAAACAAAUGCGCAAGUUGCGAAAGAAGAAUUUGAAAAACUAACUAAAAUAAAUGAAACAUUCAAUGAAAACAUUAAAAGACUCACUAAUGAACUGGUAGUUGAACGAAAACGGAUCAUCGAUUUAGGUCUCGAAAAAGUGCAUCUUUUGAGUGAAAUUAAACAGCUCAAAAAUGAACUUGACACAUUGAAGACAAAAAACAUAUUGGAAAAGGAAUCGUUGGAAGCGGAAAGGGAGGAGGAAAAUCAAGAAGAAUUGAGAAAGCUUACGGAAGAUUUCGAGAGACGGUUGCAGCAGUGUGACAGUGAGUGGACAGUAAGGUCGAACAACCAAACGGAAAUAUUGAAACGAGAAAUGAAGUGGAUGAAGGAUGAAAAUGAAAAAUUACGAAGCCAAAACGAAAGGUUACGAAAGGAAAUAGAUGAGAUACAACGAGAACUGAAAAAGAGCAAGCAAAUAUUGGAACAAUUGGAUGUUGAGGAAAAGUUAAACGAAUCCGAGAGUAAUUUAACCAGAUUAGAAGCAGCAUGCAAUACUCCUACACCACCACCUCGCAAAAGGAUUGGAAGUGAAAUAACCGAUGGAGUGUUGCAGAUAUCGUUGACGGAAGAAAAUAAGAAAUUGAAGAAAGAUGUGGAAAUGUAA